UUAGGCAUCAGUCCCUGGAAAGGAAGAAAAGGAGCCUGAGAGAGAGACUGGAAGAGGGAGCAGCACAGGAGAGACAGGAUGCUCAACAACCUGACUGAGUGUGAGGAGGGAGAGGGGGGCACCAGUCAAGGAGAUGGAAAUCCCAAGGAAAGCUCCCCAUUCAUUAACAGCUCAGAAAUGGACACAGGAAAAAACAUGGCCCUGUUUGAGGAAGAAAUGGACACAAGUCCAAUGGUCUCUUCGCUUCUCAGUGGCUUGGCCAAUUACACAAACCUGACCCAAGGAGUGCGAGAGCAUGAAGAAGCCGAAAACAAUGAAGGGGCAAAGAAGAAGCCUAUUCAGGCUCCAAGUAUGGGAACCUUCAUGGGUGUCUACCUUCCCUGCUUACAGAACAUUUUUGGUGUUAUCCUUUUUCUGCGCCUCACUUGGGUUGUGGGGGUUGGAGGUGUCCUGGAGUCUUUUGUUAUGGUCAUGAUGUGCUGCUCCUGUACCAUGCUGACUGCUAUCUCAAUGAGCGCCAUCGCUACCAAUGGAGUUGUGCCAGCUGGUGGCUCAUAUUACAUGAUCUCUCGUUCAUUGGGCCCAGAGUUUGGAGGAGCUGUGGGGCUUUGCUUUUACUUGGGGACCACAUUUGCAGGAGCCAUGUACAUCCUUGGAACCAUAGAGAUUCUGUUGACUUAUCUGUUUCCUGCAAUGGCCAUCUUUAAGGCACAAGAAGCUAGUGAGGAGCCUGCUGCACUACUUAAUAACAUGCGUGUCUAUGGCACAUGUGUGCUGACCUGCAUGGCCAUUGUGGUUUUUGUGGGCGUGAAGUAUGUCAAUAAGUUUGCUCUGGUGUUCUUGGGUUGUGUGAUCCUAUCCAUCUUUUCAAUAUAUGCCGGAGUCAUUAAAUCUGCAUUUGAACCACCAUAUUUUCCUAUCUGCCUCCUUGGCAACCGCACUCUUUCUAGAAAAGGUUUUGAUAUCUGUGCUAAGUUUAUAGAAGUCGGGAAUGAAACAGUCACCACCAAGCUGUGGUCUCUCUUCUGCUCCUCUCCAUUCUUGAAUGCAACAUGCGACCUGUACUUCUCUCAGAAUAAUGUCACAGAAAUUCAGGGCAUUCCCGGGGUAGCUAGCCCACUUAUCCAAGAAAACGUAUGGUCAAGUUACUCACCUAAAGGUGUCAUGGUGGAGAAAAGUGGUAUGCAAUCUAUAGCCUCUGGAGAUCCAGUCAACCUGGACCAGCCAUAUGUCUUUAGUGACAUGACGACAUAUUUCACAUUGCUCGUGGGGAUUUAUUUUCCAUCAGUUACAGGAAUAAUGGCUGGUUCUAACAGAUCUGGAGAUCUCCGUGAUGCACAAAAAUCUAUUCCUAUCGGCACUAUAAUGGCUAUUGCCACUACUUCUUUUGUAUAUAUUUCCUCUGUCAUUCUGUUUGGUGCCUGCAUAGAAGGUGUUGUUUUGCGUGACAAAUUCGGAGAAGCUGUUAAUGGAAAUUUAGUGGUGGGAACAUUGUCCUGGCCUUCACCCUGGGUCAUUGUUAUUGGUUCAUUCUUUUCUACUUGUGGAGCCGGUUUGCAAAGCUUGACAGGUGCUCCACGUCUCCUACAGGCAAUAUCUCGAGAUGGCAUUGUACCAUUCCUUAGAGUUUUUGGCCAUGGAAAGGCUAAUGGAGAACCAACAUGGGCUUUGUUGCUGACCGCCUGCAUCUGUGAGAUUGGCAUUCUCAUAGCAUCUCUGGAUGAAGUUGCUCCAAUUCUUUCUAUGUUUUUCUUGAUGUGUUACAUGUUUGUUAACUUGGCCUGCGCAGUUCAGACAUUGCUCAGGACUCCCAACUGGAGGCCUCGCUUCAAAUAUUACCACUGGACUCUUUCUUUCCUUGGAAUGAGCCUAUGUCUGUCUUUGAUGUUUAUCUGCUCUUGGUAUUAUGCACUUGUGGCUAUGCUGGUUGCUGGUCUUAUCUACAAAUACAUUGAGUACCGUGGGGCUGAAAAGGAAUGGGGAGAUGGAAUUCGUGGACUGUCACUCAGUGCUGCUCGAUAUGCUCUUUUAAGAUUGGAGGAGGGCCCACCACAUACCAAAAAUUGGAGGCCUCAGUUGCUUGUUCUAGUACGAGUGGAUCAAGACCAAAAUGUUGUUCAUCCCCAGCUCCUUUCUCUAACCAAUCAGUUAAAGGCAGGUAAAGGACUGACCAUUGUUGGCUCUGUGUUGGAAGGGACAUAUCUGGAAAAUCAUCCCCAAUCUCAACGUGCUGAAGAGUCUAUCCGUAGGCUUAUGGAAGCCGAAAAGGUAAAAGGUUUCUGCCAGGUAGUUAUUUCUUCCAAUGUUCGAGAUGGAAUUUCUCAUCUGAUACAGUCCAGUGGCCUUGGAGGGCUCCAACAUAACACGGUCCUUGUUGGAUGGCCACGUAACUGGAGACAGAAAGAGGACCACCAGACAUGGAGAAAUUUCAUUGAGCUUGUUAGGGAAACCACUGCUGCUCAUUUGGCUUUGAUUGUCACAAAGAAUGUGGCAAUGUUCCCUGGAAAUCAGGAAAGAUUUUCUGAAGGAAAUAUUGAUGUCUGGUGGGUGGUUCACGAUGGCGGUAUGCUAAUGCUUUUGCCAUUCCUUCUGCGUCACCACAAGGUUUGGAAAAGAUGUACAAUGCGGAUUUUCACAGUGGCUCAAAUGGAUGACAACAGUAUCCAGAUGAAAAAGGAUCUAAGCACCUUCUUAUACCACCUAAGAAUUAAUGCAGAAAUUGAGGUCGUAGAGAUGCAUGACAGCGAUAUUUCAGCAUACACAUAUGAGAAGACUCUAGUGAUGGAACAACGAUCUCAAAUCCUGAAGCAAAUGCAUUUGACAAAAACAGAACGGGAGAGGGAGAUUCAGAGCAUCACCGACGAAUCACGUGGUUCAAUAAGACGAAAGAACCCUACAAAUUCUCGAUUGCAUUUGAGUGUUCCAGAAGAGCAAGUGGGAGAUUGUGAAGAACAACCAGAGGAAGAGGAAAAAUUAAUACAUGAGGAAAAUGCAACAAGUACACCGCAAUCUCCGCCAGAAGAGCCAGAUACUUCUCAAGAAAAGGUGCACCUUACAUGGACAAAGGAAAAGUUUACAACAGAUAAAAAUAAAAGUAAAAGUCCUAGCACUCCAGAAGGAAUAAGAGACUUUUUUAACAUGAAACCAGAAUGGGAGAACUUGAACCAGACCAAUGUUCGCAGGAUGCACACAGCUGUGAAACUUAAUGAGGUUAUAGUCAAGAAAUCUCAUGAUGCAAAACUUGUUCUACUCAAUAUGCCUGGUCCACCUCGUAAUAGAAAAGGGGAUGAAAACUAUAUGGAGUUUUUAGAAGUCCUCACAGAACAUCUGGACCGGGUUAUGUUAGUUCGCGGUGGAGGACGUGAGGUCAUUACCAUCUAUUCUUGAAUACCAGAACCUGGAUGAAGUUUUUGCUGCACUUAGCAGGAGUCUUCGAACCUCUCUCCACAUUGCAAAAGUAUUAAGAAAACAGGAGAGAUGGGGGGGAGGCAUAUGGUCAGUGCUCAGAAACUUCACUUGCUUCCACCAUUUCCCUUUAAUAUCCUUACAUGUGAACUGCAGCACCAGAUCUUCCAUUCCAGCACAAGUGCAACUGUUCCUCAUAUCUUCAUCAGUGUGCCACUGAUGAAGUUUAUAUACAAAUCUUUACAUAAGUCUAUGUACGUUUCUUAAACUGAGCCGCACUGCUUACGAUGCUAUAGAUACUGGCCCCUCUGUGCAUCCUGUGAUUCAC